UGCUAAAAAUUUUCGGAAGACAAUUUUCCGGUUAUGUCCGAAAUUUUGCGGACAUGGCGAACACUUACCAGUUUCAACCGGUUUGUAACUUUGGGUGUUUUCUUCACAAUUUGUCUAGCCAUCAACGGAUCAGGACGGCGCGAUUGAAUAAACUAGUAGAGCUUCACAAGUCUACAUGCUCCAGAAAAGAUGACAUUGCUGGCAGAACAAGCAGCAAAGCUUCUGGACUUUGGGCAGAAGUUGGAUAUCCAGCUUCUUGACAGUGUUGUGGCUUGCAUGUAUGCAGCUGAAGGUGAACAGCAACGAAUUGCCCAAGAAGUGCUGACACGGCUAAAAGAACAUCCAGAUUCAUGGACAAGAGUGGACACAAUAUUAGAGUUUUCUGCAAACCAACAAACAAAGUAUUAUGCAUUACAAAUAUUAGAAAAUGUGAUAAAAACCAGAUGGAAGGUGUUACCACGGGCUCAGUGUGAAGGUAUCAAGAAAUAUAUCGUUGGCUUGAUCAUAAAGACCUCGUCAGAUCCUCAGCUACUAGAGAAAGAGAAGGUCUAUGUUGGAAAACUGAACAUGAUACUUGUACAGAUUUUAAAAUAUGAAUGGCCGAAAAAUUGGCCAACAUUCAUUAGUGACAUAGUUGGUGCCAGCAAGACAAACGAAUCCUUGUGUCAGAACAACAUGAUUAUUCUAAAACUUUUGAGCGAGGAAGUGUUUGAUUUCUCAGGAGGCCAGAUGACUCAGGCUAAGGCUAAACAUUUGAAAGACACAAUGUGCAGCGAGUUCUCACAGAUCUUUCAGCUCUGCCAGUUUGUUAUGGAUAACUCGCAGAAUGCACCAUUGGUGGGGGCCACAUUAGAAACGCUCCUUCGAUUUCUUAACUGGAUUCCACUAGGUUACAUCUUUGAGACCAAGCUGAUCACCACUCUUAUCUAUAAGUUUUUGAAUGUACCCAUGUUUCGAAACGUCACCAUGAAGUGCUUAACAGAAAUUGCUGGAGUACAGGCCUCUCAGAUAUAUGACGAGCAGUUUCUGCAGUUGUUCACACUUACCAUGAAUCAGCUUAAACAGAUGCUGCCCGUGGAGACAAACAUUAGAGAAGCUUAUCAGCGUGGAACAGAUGAUGAGCAAAAUUUCAUUCAGAAUCUUAGUUUGUUUUUGUGCACCUAUCUGAAGGAACACGCCCAGCUUGUAGAGAAGAAGUUGGAUCAGCAUCCCAACCUCAUGACUGCUCUACAUUACCUGAUUCUAGUCUCAGAGGUUGAAGAAGUUGAAAUCUUCAAGAUUUGCCUUGAGUAUUGGAGUGCUCUUGCAGCUGAAUUAUACCGCGAGUCUCCCUUCUCCACCAGCUCAUCGCCACUUAUCCUUGGUUCCAAACCACUUCAGGAGAUGCCAGCCCGCAGGCAGCUUUACAAUCCAGUCUUGUCCAAGGUGCGGCACGUUAUGAUUUCACGAAUGGCUAAACCAGAGGAGGUGCUAGUUGUAGAGAACGAGCAAGGAGAGGUUGUACGCGAAUUUAUGAAAGAUACAGACUCCAUUAACCUAUACAAAAACAUGCGUGAAACACUUGUUUACCUAACUCAUUUGGACUACACCGACACAGAAAACAUCAUGACAGAAAAGCUUCAUAACCAGGUUAACGGAACAGAGUGGUCGUGGAAAAAUCUCAACACUCUAUGCUGGGCAAUUGGUUCUAUCAGUGGUGCCAUGCAUGAAGAUGAUGAGAAGCGGUUUCUGGUCACUGUCAUUAAGGACUUGCUUGGUCUGUGUGAGCAGAAGCGUGGCAAGGAUAACAAAGCCAUUAUUGCAUCAAACAUCAUGUAUGUUGUUGGCCAGUAUCCUCGUUUCCUUCGUGCUCAUUGGCGAUUCCUGAAAACUGUUGUCAACAAGCUCUUUGAAUUUAUGCAUGAAACCCAUGAUGGUGUGCAAGACAUGGCAUGUGAUACAUUCAUCAAAAUUGCACAGAAAUGCAGGCGGCACUUUGUACAAGUGCAGGUUGGAGAAGUAAUGCCUUUCAUUGAGGAAAUUCUAAAUGGCAUCAACACUAUAAUCUGCGACCUUCAGCCACAGCAGGUACAUACAUUCUAUGAGGCAGUUGGCCUGAUGAUCAGUGCUCAGGCAGACCAGUUGGCUCAAGAGCAUUUGAUUGAGCGGUACAUGCUACUGCCCAAUCAGGUAUGGGAUGGAAUCAUAAACCAGGCCACCCAAAAUGUUGAGGUCCUCAAGGAUCCAGAUGCUGUCAAGCAGCUGGGCAACAUCCUGAAAACAAAUGUUCGAGCAUGCAAAGCUUUGGGACAUCCCUAUGUUGUACAGCUUGGUCGUAUCUAUUUGGACAUGCUGAAUGUGUACAAAGUGAUGAGUGAGAACAUCUCCAGUGCCAUUGCCACCAAUGGAGAGAGUGUGACCAAGCAGCCUCUCAUCCGCAGCAUGCGCACUGUGAAGAAGGAGACACUUAAGCUCAUCUCAGGUUGGGUCAGCCGCUCCAGUGACCCUCAGAUGGUUGCAGAAAAUUUCAUUUUGCCCUUGCUGGAUGCUGUGCUACUUGAUUAUCAGCGUAAUGUGCCAGCAGCCCGUGAGCCUGAAGUCCUUAGCACCAUGGCAACCAUUGUCAACAGGCUUGAGAACCACAUCACUCAGAGCAUACCACAGAUCUUUGAUGCUGUCUUUGAGUGCACUCUUGCAAUGAUCAACAAGGAUUUUGAAGAGUAUCCAGAACACAGAACCAACUUCUUCUUAUUGUUGCAAGCUGUUAAUUCACAUUGCUUUCAAGCUUUGCUGAACAUUCCACCUGCUCAGUUCAAGUUAGUGCUGGAUUCCAUUAUCUGGGCCUUCAAGCAUACAAUGCGUAAUGUGGCGGACACAGGACUAGAUAUUCUCUACACCUUACUGCAGAACAUUGCUCAGGAGGAGGUGGCUGCACAAAGUUUCUACCAGACUUACUUUACAGAUAUCUUACAGCAUCUGUUCUCAGUCAUCACUGACAGCUCACACACAGCUGGUCUGACAACUCAAGCAACAAUCCUGGCUACCAUGUUUAUAGCUCUCGAAUCUGGAAAGAUUACAGCUCCAUUAACUCCUAGCCUUCCAGCAAGUCAAAAUGUUGUCUUCAUCCAGGAAUUUCUGCUAAAUCUUCUCAAGACAGCUUUUCCUCACCUUAAUGAGCCUCAGAUAAAAAUUUUCAUUGAAGGGCUAUUCAGCUUUGACCAGGACUUCAAUGCUUUCAAGGAACACCUCCGAGACUUUCUUGUACAGAUAAGGGAAUUUGCAGGUGAAGACAUGUCGGACUUGUUCUUAGAGGAGAGAGAAAUGGCUAUCCGACAAGCACAGGAUGAAAAACGCAAAUUACAGAUGGCUGUACCUGGUAUUCUUGGACCACAUGAAAUCCCCGAGGAGAUGCAAGACUGAACUAUAAACAUUAAAAAGGUUAAACAUAUGAAAAAAGGGAGCUACAUGAUGCUGGCCAUCCCUUUGUUUCGGUUAGGGUUGGUUGGCAGGUGUUGAUAAGUCACUUAAGGAGUGUCAUGGAUAAGUAACCACACUCAAGGUGCUUCAGUGGAGAAAAGUAUUAAUGACUUCAAACACAGGUGCUGUACAUCGGAAACCACAUCCACUCUGCUACCACUUAGCUAGGAAUUAUACAUGUAGUGGGGCUGUAAUUGCUAGAGUUAAUGACCUCAGCUGAAAGUGUGUGACUUUGCUGUUUUACAUGAUUAGAACUGGUUUACAGAAAAGUAAAACCCAUGUGUGAUGUGCAUUCUCAAUUGUACAAGAUCCAUAAUUCAUAUUAGUAGACAGUGUUCCUACAACAGCAUUCUCUGUGCCAUAGGUCUGUGGCCAGCUUCCAGGGAACAUUAAUAUUUGUCCAUGGUAAAGAGUAGAAGCCGGAAGACCCUUGUGCGUGUCAGGAUGUGUGCCAUAAGGAGAGGAUUUUGCAUUUGCGCUGAAGCCUGUGCAGUUUGGUGUGAGUGGUGUGGUUGUCCCUACGCUUCAUGGAGCAGCUGCUGUCUUAUUGAUGCAACUUGACAGCCACUUGUCUCUCCUUUCCUCCCCACCUUCUAACUUUCCUUAAACAUGCAGCCCAUGUUGUUUUUGUGUUCUUCGUUUCACCCCACCACAUGUUUGUUGGUCUUUUAUUUUAAAUUGGUAGUGUUCCUUUAAGAUCCCUGCACCCACUGAGACAAGGAGAGGGAGGGGGCAGAAGCAACUUUUCUGGGGGUCCCAGCAUUGGUUCAAAGGAGACUACCGAUUCUGAGCAUGUAAUAUGUUUGUGAACCCAGUUUUGCUUCUAGUCGUCACUGGCGUGUUUAAUGAGGGCUAGGCUGUGCCACUAACUGUGCAAAAACAGUUGUGUGCGCUUCAGCAGCCUGCCAGAAAGUUCUCAAAACAAGGUGGGUAACUAACAUCUAGUGCUAGAUAAGCAACCACGCCAACAGUUAAAGGUGUGUAUAAAGUGCAUCCUUGUUUCAGAUGCCAUAUAUCUGUAUUGCGCAUCACACUUAUUUAAUUUUCCAGUUUCAGCCACGUAUCAGUAUUGUUUUUUUUUUUUUUCUUUUUAAAGGAGAUCAAUCAUCUGCUGUUCUACAAUCAUGACUGCAACUUUUGCAAAGAUGUGAGCAGGGUGAUUGAUAAAAAAAACAUGCUGUUUUUAGGAUAGGAUGCAACCUUUUUCCUGUUUUUUGUUUUUUCCCUUUUGUUCAAUUUUUAUCUCAGAGUAUUUGGGCUUCUUUAAUGUGCUUAAGAUCUGUAGUGAUAGGACAAGCAUACAAUUAUCCGAGCUUUCCACAACCCCUCCCCCCUUUGUUUCUGAAUUGUUAAUGUGUAUGUGCAGCAGCAUUGAUAAUUGUUUAUAUGGUGCUGUAUAUUGCAGUGUGUUGAAAAUAUUUGGUUUUGUGAUGUCCUGGCUGGACAGCAACGUUUGUAUUUUUUUAACUUCUUUCCAUCAGAUGAGUGAGUUCUUUGUGCAGAAACAAAGUUACCAGCAGUAGAAUGAUAAAGACAUGUACUAAGAUGAUUGGGGCUUAUUUUAUUGUGUUAUAUAGUUUUAACACUUUAGCAGCAGAUAAAAUUCUUUUCCUUUAAACACACCCAUUUCUUUUUUGGUCACAUCUAUACCAUUAGAAAGCAAAUUCUAGAACUUUUGGGUUGAGUGGCAAUAAAACAUGAAGGGCUUUCUGACAUAGAUAUAAACAAACAUGAAAUCAACAGGUUAAUAAAUGUUUCAGUGACUUUUUCUUGGUAGGCUCUAGUACUUGGCAUUUCUUGGGUAAGGGAAAAUGACUUCUUUGGUUUUUCAGUCUUGAAGUUGGUAUCCUGCAAAUGUCAGAUUAGGAAACCCUUGCUUUAGUUGUUUUGAGGAGCAUUUUCAAACCCAUCAUUUACUUUCCUAUACCUUCAUGCCACACCUGUGGCUUGCUCAGGGAUGCAAUACAAUAAGGAGCAUAACCUGUACCAGUGAACAUGUCAGUAACUGUUUGGAUUUUUAUACAUGAGUUGUCAGUUGCCACUUCUGGCUUUUUUUUAAAAACUUAUUAUUUUGGUAUCUGUUGAAAUUUAUACAGGUGUGUAUCUAGUCAAAAGACUUGAGCUGCCACAAGCAGUGUAUGUGCACCAAUGGGGGUUUCCCCUCCCACUAAAUCAUGCAGAAACAUUGAGGUUUUGUACCUAAGGCUUGCUUACUUUCUGACUGCUUAGUGUAGCUGAAUUUUAUUAUUAUAAUUGUUUCAGUUGUCCCAACCCAACCUCCAGUAGUACUUUCCAUCCAAGUCAAGCAUUACAUUCCCAGGUUUUAUACGUUACAGAAAUAUGAAGAGCUUAUAUUGUCAUUAACUGCUUAAAGAGCUCCCCUCCUUUUUUGGAGAAAGCUCACCGAAUUGGUCGUGAAGUUUUUUUGUUUUUUUUUUAAUAUAUAUGUAUGUUUGAAUUUUAGCUCACUGCUUCAAUGAAAUCCAUUUUGGUUAGCUAGUAUUAGUGGUAGUUGUGGCUGAUUUUCUCACAGGUGGGCAAGUAGCAUCAGUACUUGGCUGUCUGCCCUUAAGAAUAGGGAAUGGUUUUCAGGCAUCACUCUCCUGUGCUCCCACUAUUCUGCAGUUGUACAAAUUUUUAAGAAAAAGAAAAAAAACACUGUCGUUACCCAUAAUUGUCAGUCAAGUAGAAAAUUUAUAGCAAAAAUAUUUAUAUGCAGCAACACACGCUGAGAUGGUAUAUUUAGAUAUUUUCAUAGUUGAAACAAUAAGAUCUUGAGGAAAAUAACCCAGUAGUCAGUAGCAUGCUCUCUCUCAGAUAAUCUUGUGGUGCUGAAUUAAUGGCUGAGUUCAUUGUUUGCCCAUCUUCAGCAAGUUUUUGUGUGUAAUCGUGUGAAAUGAUGCUCAUAAAAAUUUGCACAUAGCAAUCUGCAAAGCCUUGUUUGCUUCAAAUCACAACCUUUUUUUUUUAAAAAAAAACCUUGCGUCCAUUUUGUAAAGCGGCAGUAAAUUGUGUUACCAUGUGCGUGCAUUUUCAUAUGUAAAUACUAAAGUUAUGCCAUUGGUGGCUUAGUUUAUACUGCCAUGGAAGCUCUCAGAAAUGAGUGCCAAAACAAUGAUGUUGGCUGAUAUUCGGCCCAUGCAGUCGUGAGUUGUGGACUGCUUGUUGGAGUGUUGAAAGUGAAGAGUGUCUGCUGUGUGAAGGCCACUGUUUCUUUUCCUGUUUGUGAAUAUGAUUGUAAAAGAUGUAAUAUUUGGUAGGAAAAAAAAUCACAAGACAAAAA